GCUCCCAACUUUCAAAUUCGUUUCCCGAACGCACGACGCAGGUUACUUCAGGCACAAUGCUCAGCAAGAGGAUCUUCAUUACUAUCGCCGUGGUGGUGGCCGCGGUAUGUCUCGCCGAGGCCCUGGAAGAGGGUCCUCACAACAUGGCUGAUACACUGCGUAUGCUGCAAGAGCUGGACCGCAUUUACACUCAAGCUGCUAGACCGAGGAUUGACCGCCGCGACUUUUCGGACGGGGACCAACUCAGCCCAGGCUCGUUAGAACGCGCGGUGCGGCUCCUUCAGCUGCAGAAACUAGACCGCAUUUACUCCUACCACAAUCGACCAAGGUUCGGAAAACGCUCCGAAGCUAUCUCGAACUGGGCCAAGGAUCUUGAAAAGCCGGACAUACCAGCCUGGUUAGCUUACGCCAGGAGAUGAGGGGCGCAAUGUUAACGAUUCCACACUAACUUAAACAAUCAUAAUAUAUUACGCCGCACUUCAUGGUUUUAAAGCCGUAAAUAAUAUUUAGUUCCCAUCCUUUAAUCCUAAAUGUAAGCCACUAGUCAUUAAGCAAUAACUUAAUUAAAUAAAGACUCGUUUACAUGGAGAGAGUUUCUUGGUUUGAAAACACGAGGCACAAAAACAAGUUGAACGAUAAAUUAAUAAAAAACGUAAUGCAAUGUUUCCAAACGUUUCCAGGCGGUUUGUUUAUGCUAGUUGUUAGCUACAAGUUAGUUGAUCCACCUGCUUUUGUAUUCACAUUUAUUUUAAUAUUUUUGCAUUAACUGAAGUUGACUACUGUAAGACAAUUGACUAGUUACUUCAAGAAUGGUCAUCGAAAUUGGUUUUUUUUCUUGUAAAAAAAUGACUUUUUGCCAAAAUAAUGUGAUAUAUUUGCUACUAUUUAAUAUGUUAUUUGUUCAUUCAAUUAUGAGAAAGAUACUGUUUUAACUAAGAUACGAAAAAGGCAAUGCUUCUGCUGUGUGGAAUAUACAGCAGACCCAUUCUUCUUCUUCUUCUUCCUCUGCGCUUGUCUCCGUACUAGGUCGGCCGGAACCUUCCGUUGUACGUAGCCACCAUUAUCACUGUUAUUAAAAUCGUAAUUGACUUUUAUUUUUAUUUAUAAAUAA